GGGUCUGGACACCUGGGUCUGAGGGAGGAAUAAUGGGGACCAGGAAACCUGUCUGUAUCUGAAAGAGGAGGAAGCUGGGGGCCAAGAUUCCUGAGUCUGGAGGAGGAAUGGUCUGGGGACCUGGACUCCUGGCUACCCUCUAGUGUCGUUUGUGUGUUGGAGAUGUGGAAGUGAUUGAUAGGAAAACAAAAGAAUCCUGUUCAGCGUCAAGUAUAUUUUUGAGACUAGAGCCUCCCGGCCGUUCCCGCAAUGUGGCACCCGCUGGUCCUGUUGCUGCUGCUCCACUCUGCCUCGGUGCCCCCCUCCACUGCAGCCCCGAUCCGCGAUGGUGACGCCCAGGAGAGCUCCUCGGGUGUUCUAGGUGUCCAGAGUCUACUCCAAGGCUUCAUCCGGCUUUUCCUGAAAGCAAGCGCUGCCGUGUGUUGGGGAAAAGAAGAGCCCCAGGAUGACCUGCUGCGGGGCAUGGACAGCUUCUUCUCUGCUCCUAUGGACUUCCGGGGCCUCCCUAGGAACUACCACCACGAAGAGAACCAUAAGCACAGGCUGGGAAACAAAACUCUCUCCAGCCACCUCCAGACUGACAAGGUGACCAACAACGAGACAGGAGAGGUGCUGAUCUCUGAGAAGGUGGUGGCAUACAUCGAGCCAGGAGAGGGGAGCUUGCAGGGUGACUGGAAGGUUAGGACACGCCCCCAGCAAAGUGUCCAAGCCCAAACACUUUGUGUAGUUUCGGAGGAAAAGGUAACCAAGAAAGAGGAGAAGGAGGCCCUGGUGCCUGUCCCAAAGGCCGUGGACAACUUCCACCCGGAACCCCACCCUCGAAUGGUCUUCUGGACCAUGAAGCUGCCACGGCAGAGGUCCCACCAGGAUGCCCAGAAGAGCGGCCACCGGCUCAGUGAGAAGCAACACCGACCGCACGCCAUCCGGGAUGGGCUCCGAGAGGGGACCCACAAGGACGUCCUCGAAGAGGGGACCCAGAGCUCCUCUCAUGCCAGGCUGCCUGCCCGCAAGACCCACUUCCUAUAUAUCCUCAGGCCCGCCUAGCAGUUAUAGGGGUAGGGACCGGGGAACACCUGCAUGUACCCCCCCCACCAGACCCCGCCCCAGGCACCAUAUGGACAUUAAACUUUUCCUUACAUCCAGCAGCACUGUCUCCUUUGGAGAUCUGUCCUCAGGCCUCAGCCAGCCAGGCCAUGGCAAGUCCCCCCAGCCCUAACCUUCAGCAUGACAUCUGGCUGAGCUGUUAGUUCCUGCCAAUGUCUCUGUGUUGUUUUCUGAUUCGGACGCCGUCUGUCUUCUGAUUCAGCAACUCUGUGACCUCCAGCCCCAUCAGUAUCCUCAGUCCCCAUCCCUGUCACCUCCAGCUCCGUCUGCCCUCCGGCUCCCAGCCCUUUCACUCCAGUCCUGUCUGUCCACUCUGCCCUUGCAUUAGUUUCCUGUUACUGCUGCAAAAAAUGACCGCCAAGGUAGCAACUUAAAACAACACAAAUGUAUCCUCUCACGGGUCUAUAGGUCAGAAAUCCAGGAUGGCUGGGCUGGUCCUCUGUGCAGGUAUCACAAGGGCAACAUCAAGGUGUUAGCCAGCGGGAUUCUUACCUGGAGGCUCUGGGACAGCUCUGCUUUGAAGAUCAUUCAGGUUGUUGGCACAAUCAAGUCCCUUGGGGUUGAACUGAGGUCCCUGCUUCCUUGCUGGCUGUCACCGGGGCCACCCACACUUAGUUCCUAGGGGUCUCGCGCUGGUUUUUGCAUGUGGAUCCCAUACUUCAAAUCUCACACGUGGAAUCUCUCUGUAUUUCCCUUCUGCCCCAUCUCCCUUAUGCUUUCCUCUUCCUCUUCCAGCAGGAGAGAGUUCUCUGCCUUGGAGGGCUCAUGGGAGUGGAUUCAGCCCACCUGGACAACAUAUUAAACAGGUUCCAUGAAUUAGAGGGGGGCCAUCUUUGGGGGGCCAUUAUUCUGUCCAGACCCUGUCACCUCCAGCCCCCAAGUCUGUGUCUCCAGCCCCAUCUCUGUUACAUCCACCUGUCUCCACUCUCUCCUCUUUGUCUUUUCAUCCCCUGACACUCAAUGUACACGCCGACUCCAUCUCGAGUUGCUCUGUGUCUCUCUCCCUCUGUCCCUCUGUCUGUCCCUCCAUGAGCGUCACCUCAGACUGUAACUCUGCAAGCCAGGCCUGCUGCCGCAGCCAAACCUGGAAGCUCAGAGACCCUGUCUUGGGUGCCCUGCCACUGUGCCCCCGUCCCCCAUCCUCAGAGCACCCCCUAUUCCCUCCAAGACCCCUCUCUCAAGACCCACCAUUGAGGGACUUCCCUGGCGGUCCAGUGGUUAGGACUCCACACUUCCACUGCAGGGGGCGCAGGUUCGAUCCCUCACUGGGAAACUAGGAUCCCGUACACCAUGCUGUGUGGGCAAAAAAAAAAAAAAAAAAAAUUGAGAAGGCACAUCAGGGUCUUUAUGGUGCUGCGUCUUGUAGGGGUGCAGGCACAACAUGCACUUUCUCCCUCGAAGCCCAGGUUCAGGGUUGGAUCCCCCCACAGAGAGACUCAGUAUAUUCAGGAAACUAGCAAUG